UCCAAAUGUCAAUAGUCACCAAUUGCGAUUUCUGCAGAUAUUCGAUUUUAAUUAGUUUUUGUUAUUUUCUGCGUUAAGUAUAAGUAUUAAUUAAGAAAAUAUUAUUUUUUAUGAAUAUGGAGUUUCAGCUGAAUACUGACGUACAAUUUGACGAUGAUGUCGUAAAGAUCCUAAAACACGGUAAUUGCGGAGAUCCCGAAGUCACCAAAAGUACUAUUACUAAAAUUUUGGCACAAAUAAAGAAGUUCCAGGAUCGUAUACGCAAGCAUAUCGAAGAUAAUUAUGUUGAAUUCAUGUCAAAUCAAACAACGAACGCCGCAUAUAUCAACGAAGGCGAGCAAUUGGUGCGUGAAGCUGAACACUUGUUGCAGACGAUUGGCAGUGAGGCAAACGCCGAACUACGUCAAGCCAACUCUGAUCUGACUUUGUGCAUAGAUGAAUUUCGGGAAAUGUCCUUGGGUUUACGCGUUUGCUACCGGAUACUCAAAGUGGACGACCUUUUUCAAUGUGUGGAAGAGGCAAACUCAAACAAGGAGUAUUUAGGAGCGCUUGAUCAUUUGGGUAAAUUAAAAGGUUUGAUUUCCUGUGACGGUGGAAGUGACGUGGAUCGCGUAUUUCAAAAAUGCGAUUGCUACGAUUCAAUAAAAGUAAAAUAUCACAUUCAAGAAAAUAUAUUGCGACAAAAUCUACAACAACGUUUCGAGUUGCUUGUACAAUUCACCGAGAAAAACUUCUCACAUUCAAAAUGUGUGACGCUGCAGGUAUCAAAAGAUGUUAGUCAGUUGCAAGACACUGUGAUGGCAUUGUUUCAAGCGCGUUUUAAUCCCGUUAAAAUGUGUGAUUUUCUUCUAGAAAAUUGUUUUGAGCCGAUUAUUUUGAAGCCGGUUUCCCUGGAUUACAGAGAGGAGAAUCCUGAUUAUGUGCAACUAACACUUUCAUAUUCGUUGAAGGACAUGACCAAAAGUUUAAGCCCCUCCUAUAAGAAAGUCAUCGAAAAUAUUAAGCUCUUACUGAAUUGUCUGGCCAACAUCAACGUUUCAGUAUCUAAUGAUCAACAAGUAUUCUCCAUUAUAGGUGACCAUAUCAAGCAACGAUUUUUAAACGUACUCGUGGAGGAUUGUCUAAUGCAAGCGAUACCAAAAAACAUGAGUGAAUACGACGAAUCGACGCUCGUAGAAGACGUCAUGCAAUUAGAACACUUUCUAGACAAUGUCUCCCUUAUUAAUGCCGAAACUGAUAGAGCCUUAAAAGAUUUCACCGAAAAGUUUGAAACAUUUUUCCGUGAACAAUUCAGCAAUAAGCUUUUGGAAAGUGCACUAGAUAUAAUGCAUAAAGACUUGCAAGAUAUGACAUUGAUUCCGGAGAAUUCUGCUGAGGACGGUGCAAAAAACACAUCGCUUUUUCCCUGCUGUAUGGUGUCAAAGAGUACACUGGAACUCAUUAAACUGAUGGAACGCAUAUUACGCCAAUCGCUCGAUACAAACGAUGAAAUUCUACUAAAUGUCAUCAGUGUCAUACUUAAUUCAUAUGUGGACGAAGUGCCGAAGAUACAUGAAAAGCUGCUAGAGAGCAUACCCCAACAGUCAGCUCUAUUUUAUAAUAAUUGUCAGUUUCUAGCACAUUGGACAGCAACGAACUCGGAAAAAGGCAUAUCCACAUAUCCAAUACUGGUGAAGACCUUGCAUACGACCGGCAGAAAAUAUUUGAAUCUGCAAAUCAACUAUCAGCAGAAAAUUAUCAUGGGUUUACUGAAAGAGUUCGAUUUUUCUGAUGCGCACACAGUUGGCACGGCACCGUUAAAACUAUUGCGCCAGUGUUUGCGUCAAUUAGAUUUGUUGAAAAAUGUUUGGCAGAACGUUCUACCCGACGCCACGUACAAUAAGACGUUUUGCCAUUUGUUAGAUGAUUUUUGUAAUGAAAUCAUACGGCGAAUACUCGCAUUGGAAGACAUUUCUGCCACAGUGGCGAAUGAGUUGAGCGAAUUGAUAAUUAUCAUAUUAGAAAAGGUGCCAACAUUAUUCAAGCUCAAACAUGAAGUGAUACACAUUAAAUCUUGGAUGAAACUUGAGCAAUUAAAAAUGAUACUCAAUGCAUCAUUGCAAGAAAUCACCGAACAGUGGUGUGAAGGUUCCGGUAUUCUAACAGCCAACUAUAAAAUCGAGGAAGUUAAGCAUCUUAUCCGCGCACUUUUCCAAAACACCGAUCGGCGAGCAAAGGCAUUAAGUAAAAUUAUUUAAAUUGUUAUGUUUAUAGUACUUAUACUAUUUGAAAUUUAAUUUUUU